GAAAAACUGAUAAAUGAAGAAUUCAAAAUUUGGAAGAAAACUGUUCCUUUAUUAUAUGACACUAUACAGACAUUUGUUCAAGAAUCUCCCUCAUUAACAAUAGAACCAUUGUCAAAAGUGGAACUCUCGAGUGAUAAGAAUGAAGUGGAGGUUAAAUUCUUAUUGGGAACCUAUGCUCAUUCACCAGAUGCUACAAACUAUUUGAAGUUGGCUGGUAUCAAAUUACCAUCAACUUUAACACCAGAUUUUAAGAACUCAAUUCCAAUCCCAGCUGGUGGUGCAAUAAUCCCAAAAUUUCAACUUUUACAAAAAUGGAUUCAUCCAAAUGAAGUUAAUAAGGCAAGAUAUAAUAAAUUCAAUGAUAAAAUCGCAACUUUUACCAAGACUGGUGAUAUUAAAGUCUGGGAUUUUAAACAUGAAGAACCAAUAAAGACUUUGAAAUUUCAUAAAAAAGAUGGUUUCGGUUUAGAAUGGGGGAUUGAUAAUGAAUUAUUAUUAACUGGUGGUGAAGAUGCGAAAAUUGCUCUUUGGGAUCUUUCGAGUUCAACAAAUUCUCCAUCAAGAGUCUUCAAAAAUCAUGAUUCCAUUGUUAAUGAUUUUUCAUGGAAUCAUAAAAUUCCAACAUUAUUUGGUUCAGUUAGCGACGAUCGUUCUAUUCAAUUUGUUGACAUUAGAAGCUCUGAUGAUAAACCUUUAAUCAAGAUAACAGAUGCUCAUAAAGAUGUUAUAAAUGCCAUUCAAUUUAAUCCAAGUCUUGAUAAUUUAUUCGUCACUGGUUCUGCUGAUAAUUUGAUUUCUAUUUGGGAUUUAAGAAACCCUGUCGAACCAAUAAGACAGCUUUAUGGUCACAACAAUGCAAUCACUCAAUUACAAUUCAAUCCUACAAGUCCAAAUUUGUUGGCUUCAUCAUCAAAUGAUCGUAGAAUAAUGAUCUGGGAUUUGAACAAAUUGGAUGAAGAAUUUGAUGUUGAUGAUUAUAUCAAAAAUGAAGCUGAUGAUCCAACUUUGGCUUUUAUCCAUGGUGGUCAUACUUCAAGAAUCUCAGAGUUUUCAUGGAUCCCAGGUGUUAAUAAUACUAUUAUAAGUGCCGGUGAAGAUAAUUUGAUACAAGUUUGGAAA